AUGAGUCAUAAGAUUUUCUUCCUUUGUCCUUUAUUCGUCGUGUUAAUAGUCAUCCAGAAAAUCGAUGCUGUGGAUUACUCUGUUACCAACACGGCGGCAAACACCCCUGGCGGUGCCCGUUUCAACCGAGAUAUCGGAGCUCAAUAUAGUCAACAAACACUGGCAGCUGCCACUUCCUACAUAUGGAAUACCUUCCAGCAGCAGAAUUCUCCAGCUUGCCGUAAAAACGUACCAAAAGUAAGCUUGUUCAUCGAUGACAUGAGCGGAGUAGCUUUUGCCAUCAACAAUGAGAUUCAUGUUAGUGCAAGGUAUAUCCAAGGUUAUUCUGGGGAUGUUAAGAGAGAGAUCACUGGUGUAUUAUACCACGAAAGUGCUCAUAUUUGGCAGUGGAAUGGGAAUGGUAAGGCUCCUGGAGGAUUAAUUGAAGGGAUUGCUGAUUAUGUGAGGCUCAAAGCUGGUCUUGGUCCAAGCCACUGGGUGAAACCAGGUCAGGGUGAUCGUUGGGACCAAGGCUAUGAUGUGACUGCUCAAUUUCUUAGUUACUGCAACAGUUUAAGAAAUGGAUUUGUGGCACAGCUUAACAAAAAAAUGAGAAAUGGUUAUAGUAAUCAGUUCUUUGUUGACUUACUAGGAAAGACAGUUGAUCAACUUGGGAGUGAUUAUAAAGCUAAAUAUCGCAACUAA